AUGUGUACUCCUCAAGGCAUAAUUGAGAAGUUGGGAUGUCUGGCCUUUGAUGAAGCGGUCAAAGCAGCAAUCAAGGCAGGGAAAUAUGUUAUUCACUACAAGACAAACCUCGAAAAUCUGCAAGCUGAAAUGGGAAGUCUUAAAGAUCGUAGCGAAAUAAUUGAAGAAAACGUUUGUGUGGCCAAUCAACGCGGUGAAGAGGUUUAUAAUGCUGUUUUGCAUUGGCGCACGGAGGUGAACAGGAUGACACGUGAUGUUCAGGAACUUGUGGGGCAGAGCAGUGGUACGGGAAACAUGAGUUGCCUUGCGUGCUCAUGUCCUAACAUCAAGCGGCGUUACAGACUGAGCAAACAAGCCGAAGAGAAGAUAGCGGGUGUCCAAAAACUCACUCAAGAUAGCCAUUUUGAUGAAAUUUCACACGCUAGGCCGUCUCCUUCAGAACUUGAGUUCCCAUCCAACAAGAAUUACAUUAACUUGGACUCUAGAGCACCGGUCUUCAAGGAUAUCGUGGAUGCAUUAAAAGAUCCCAGUGUUAAUGUUAUUGGUGUACACGGGUUAGGAGGCGUCGGUAAGACCACGUUAGUUGAGGAGGUGGGCAAGAAAAUGCGACACGAUGGAACUUUUAAGCAAGUCCCACUAGCAGUUGUCUCUAAGGAUCUCAAUGUGAAGGAAAUACAAUCAAAAUUAGCUGACAGAUUGGAUAUUGAAUUGGAUGCCACAAGUGCUGAAAAAGGAAGAGCAACUAAGUUGUGGAAUAAAUUCAUCAACGGGGAGAAAUAUCUCGUCAUAUUGGACGAUAUUUGGGAAGAGGUGGACAUUAAAGCUAUUGGUAUUCCUCUCGUAAAUGGGUCGACGACAGGCUGCAAAGUUUUGCUAACAUCUCGAAAUGAAAAUUUGUUAACUAGAAUGAAAGUCGAUAGAAGUUUCCCAAUUGCAGAACUACCGAUGCCAGAAGCAUGGACCCUAUUCAAGAAACUAACGGGAAAUUCUAUUGAUGAGUCUCGGCCAGAAAUAUAUUAUCUAGCGUGUGAAGUGUGCAAAAAAUGUAAAGGUUUGCCAGUUGCCAUAAAUGCACUUGGAGCAGCGUUAAAAGGUAAGCCAGAUCAUGCAUGGAAAAAUGCACUGGAUAACCUUGAGAGGCACAUGAUCACGAACAUUGAGGGCAUUAACCCAAGUGUUUUGGCUUCUUUAAAGUUGAGCUACGAUAUGUUGUGGUCCUCGGAUGCAAAAUCUUGUUUCUUGCUAUGUUGUUUGUAUCCUAAAGAUGUUGAGACUUCAAUCGAUGACUUGGCGAGACAUUGCUUAACGAGGUGUUUGCUCUCUCAAAACCCGCGUACGCUAGAAGAAGCAAGAGAUGCUGUACGUACCCUGGUUGGUUCCCUCAAAUCUGCUUCUCUGCUGUUAAAUGACAAUGAUGAAAAUGUUGUAAGGAUACAUGAUGUCAUAAGAGAUGUUGGCAUCUCAAUCGCACGCAAGGAAGAAGCAUUUCUUAUCGAUCAUGGUGCUGUUCGAUGGCCUCGUAAUCCUAUUAAUGGGCCUCGGUACUCAGCAAUCUCGUUAAGAGCUGAAAAAAUUAAAGGGCUUCCGAAUGAGUUGACAUGUCCGCAACUCCACACCUUGAUGUUCAUCAAUAGCAAAUUUUCAUAUCUUAAAGUUCCAGACAAUUUUUUUAGUGGGAUGAAGCAACUUACAGUGUUAAUUUUAUGUCGAAUGAGUUUGCAGAAACUACCAUCAUCGCUCGCAAAAUUAUCAAGCCUUGGAAUGUUAUGUCUGGAACAUUGCCAGUUGGAGGCAUAG